AUGCUGUACCGAAGUUCAAGCAACCCAAGAAGAUCUGAGCUCCAAGAACCACAGCCUGAGCUAAGCUUCCAGCUGACGGGCAGCGUCAACUUCGGAGCCCUGGGGCAGAGCCACCUGAGUAGACCCACUGGCUCCCGGAACACACCCCGAAACUGCCCUUGGCGAAACAUCCCCCGGCACCAGGCUGACCCGAGCCACGAAGACGGCAGCAGCCACGCCCACGCAGCACCGGCCUCCCUGCUCCCGCCCUGGCCACCCCAGCGCCUGUUCCCAACGCCGCACACUCGCCGCCACGAGGCCCCGCAGAAGCUCUCCCCGCAGAGGCUCUCGGUCCAGCCAGCGCUGCCCCGCAGGACUUCCUGCAACCGUGAAAACCUUCUCCCCACCUGCACCAUCCGAGGGGGAGCCGCUAGUCACAUGCACUCGGCCCGCCCCGGCAGAGGCCGGCCGGCCUCCCAGAGGCCCCGGGCCUCUAGACCUUCGGACUCUACGAGCCCCGAAUCCCCCGGCCUCCCCAUCUUCCCUGAGCUCCCCGGCCUCCCAGCGUCCCCCGAGCCCCCAGCCUCCCUGAGUCCCCGGCCUCCUCACAUCCCCCAAAGCCCCCUGCUUCCCGGAGCCCCCGGCCUCCCCACGUCCCCCGGCCUCGAGACCCUCAGACACUCCCAGCCCCGAACCCCUCGGCCUCCAAGCGCCCCCCGCCCCCCGCCCCCGAGCCCCCAGCCUCCUCGGGCCCCCGGCCUCCCCACGUCCCCGGCCUCCCGGGGCCGCGGCCGGCGCGGGAGGGGCCGGUCUCCGCCGCCGGGACUGGCCGGUCCGACCCCGCUCGGCCCUCCACCCUCGGGCCGCGGCCCUGCCAACAACCAGCUCCCGGAGUCGGCCCGCCCGCCUGCCCGCGCCCCGGCCCCGGCCCCUCACUCACCCGGACCGCGCUGGCGCCGGGAGGCGAAAGCAGACGACGACCGGGCGGCGCCGCGGCUGAUGGGCCGCGCUCCCUCCCACGCCUCACGCCGCGGGCGCACAGCAGUCCCGGCCCGGCGGCGGCGGCGGGCUCGCGCCCUCGGGGCCGUGCUGCGUCGGCGCGGGCCGCGCGUGCGCGGCGGCCUGCUGAGGCGCGCGCCUCCCUCCGCUCCGCGCGCCCGGCCGCGUCCCCGUUCCGAGCUUCCGCCUCCCGGGAGCACCAGGCAUGCGCGCUGCGCGUCGCGGCCCGCGCAUGCCCACCACGCCGCCAGGCUCUGCUCCCGGGUUCGUAGUCGGGACGCCAGGCCCGGGCUGUGCGCGGACGGGGUCAGCGCGCGGGCGUGGCUGCGGCCCCGAGCGGCGGCCGCGGGGAAGCUCUGCCGGGGGGCGGGAGCGGCGCCCCGCCGAGCGGACGUUCCAGGGUUCCCUCCGGCCGCACUCUGGGCCGGCGGGGUUGGACGGACUACGGGGAAGCCCUCGCACCCCUUCGCUACCCGAGCUCCAGACCCUGCUCCUCUGGAGGCCACCCCCACCCCGGUCAGCCGCCCUACAGCCCCACCCCAGAGUCGGAAGCACGGAUGGCCCGCUGGAGUGGGACCGCAGCUCUCGGUCAACACCGGCCGUCACUGUGGCCUCACGCUGUUCCUUCAGAUCUGGAGGACCUGGAAGCCGGAAUCCGAGGCCAACCGUGGGCAGCCGCGCUUGGGCUCUGUGCAGCAGCCCUCCUCCCCCGCGCCCACCAAGCGCUCGGCUGCCCGCCCCGCAGAGCUGCCCGUCUCUCGCCACGCCUGCCUCUCUACACAGCCAGAAGGUGGGCGCAGUGCAGCCGAGGGUGAUGGCCACCUGCUGGGCACCCUCUCGGGAGGACCCCCCCAAAUGGCAGUGAAGGGUGGCCGGAAGGCACCGUUGCCCGAACCUCCGCCCCCGCGGGCCCUGCUGCCUAGCUGCCAGCUGAGCGGCCACCGCCUCCCACCCCCCGCCACCGUCCGGAUCUCAGCUCCCCCUCCCCCGCUCCCCCUGGGCAGCGGGACCCCGAGUCCACAGCUGUCUUCCCCUCUGGCCCAGCCUGCCCGUGGCCCUGGGCUGCCUGGCUCCUUCCUGGGUGGUUACCUGGAGCGCAGGGGACGGAGCAAGGGCCCAUCUGGUCCUGAGCUCAAGAGUCGGCGCUUCACGCAGGACAGGCGGGUCCUUAGAAACCUGGGGAGCGCGCCGCCCACGGUGGCCUUUGGUGCCCAGGCCCAGGGGUGCUGCCCAUUCUCCAGCUGGCUCCAGCGGAAGCCCUCCCUCCCCUCCCUCGGGGGGCCUGGGUUCCAGAGCUGCACCCAGGCUCCUAGCCUCCUUGGCUGCCCAGCCGCCCAGGGUCUGGGCUCUCCCAGAGGCCCCCAGGUCAGGAUUGCACUGCGGAAGCAGCCAGUCAGCUAG